AUGGCAGUCUCGGGAGUUCGCACUACCCCCAACGAGGCGCCGCCUCGUUCUCUUGCCCCUCCUUCUGGCCAACCGAUUCCAAUCACGAAUGGUCAGAAGCUAAACACGAUCACUGCCUUGUCUUCCUCUCCUCGUCAGUACCCUAACGACCUGGCCAGUCCGAUUCUCGAAGGGGACGAGACUGGAACUGAUUCGCCCAACGACCACGAACCGGUCACACCCGUCAGCGUCAGGUACUCGCAGGAAUUCACCACGCUGCCCACCCCGGAUAAGCAGAGUUUCCACCACCACCACCACCCCACCACCCCUCUGGUCACGGCUUCCACCCCUUCGCCCGAUCUCACCACUACCAGCGCUGCUGGGACACCGAGGUCACCGACAAAACAACCCGUUGCUGACCAAGAUUUGGUCGCCACCUCUCUGUCUCGACGACCCACUGGUGCCUCCACAAGUAGCUUUAAACGCAGCAUGUCGAAUCUUUUCAAGCGGUCCAAUUCCAACACUACAGGACCGAAACCUGACAUGAAGGAGGCCAAGGGCUUUAACAUGCCCAACUUUGAAGGGCCAUCUGACACCACCGUCAACGAGUCAAGCAGAUUUACCGCGGCCCGGAGGACAUAUUCAAUGAAUCAAUCACACACAACAACUCGCUCAAACAGCCCACCGUCGCCGGGUUCGACCCUGGAAAUGGUGAACACUAGUAAGACCCAGACAGACACCAUGCCGUCAUCGAACGAUUUCAAGAAGAACCGCGCCUCCACCGGGUUCUCCUUGCGCGGGCGUGCGAUUGGCUUUGCGCACGCCAACGGUACCGCCCGAGAGAAGCACUCCACGAAGGCAGCUCUCGGCCUCGGAGCACGUCGUCGCAGCUUUGACAGGCACAGCAAGCCCGCCAUCGUGCCCGACGAAGUCUGCCAUCCCCCCCACAUUGAGCGAUCGCCAUGGGCCAUGAUGCCUGAUGCCGGUACUGGAGUCAAAUCCCGACGCCUGAGCAUCAGCCUGCCGGACGACUUUCACGUCGAGACAGCCGAUCUGCUCUCCGAGUACGAGUACCAGAACAAGCUCCUUGGCCGUCACGGAAAGCAUCUCGGCAAGGGGGCAACCUCCAAAGUGACUCUGAUGUGUCGCAAGGGCUUCCCUGGUGAGCUAUAUGCUGUCAAGGAGUUUCGCGGCAAGAGUAAGUCAGACACCACAGAGGAGUACGAAAAGAAGGUCAAGUCGGAAUACAGCAUCGCCAAGAGCCUGCAUCACCCGAACAUUGUCGAAACCAUUCAGCUUUGCACCGAUCAUGGUCGUUGGAACCAUGUGAUGGAGCACUGUGCAGACGGCGACAUGUACCAGCUCAUCGCCAAGGGGCAUCUCAAGGACCCUGCACGCGCGACAGAUCGUCUCUGUCUUUGGAAGCAGACAGUGCAGGGCGUCAACUACCUCCACAGCAAUGGUAUCGCUCACCGCGAUAUCAAGCUUGAGAACUUGCUCAUCAUGAACGGAAGCAAGGUGAAGAUCACAGACUUUGGCGUGUCGGAGGUCUUUUCUGGAACCCACCCAGGUCUUCGCGAAGCCGGCGGGCAAUGCGGCCAGAACAUGUCUGACGUACGUAUGUGUUCUCCAGGCAUCUGCGGCAGCGAGCCGUACAUUGCUCCUGAGGUUUUGCAGAAAAAGCAAUCCUACGACCCUCGGGGCAUGGAUGUCUGGGGCACAGCCAUCAUUAUGAUAUAUCUCACCUUUGGUGGAAACAUUUGGACCAGAGCCGAGCGUGGCGCUGCACCCCUCUACGACAGCUUCUGCAAGGGCUGGGACAAGUGGAAUGCGAAGCACCCCGAACCCGACGCUGUUCUAAGCGACAGGGACUACCCCUUCUUUGAGGCCUUUGAUCUCUGCAUCAACCCACCCGCUCUGCGACGCUUGCUGUUGUCAAUGCUGAACCCUGAUCCGGCUAAACGAGCGAGUAUCGCAGACAUCGCAGGCUACCGCUGGUUCAAGAACAUUGAAUGCUGCCAAUACGACAGCUACGAUGACCCAGCAAAGUACAUUGAUGCCUCGAAGAAAAACGCUACACACGUCAACGGACAGAAGAAGAUAUUCUGCCACAACCACCUGCCUCUGGCAAGUCAAGGUCAUUCACUCGGCAAGAUGCCAGGACAGGCGGGCUACUAA